UAAUGUAUAAGAAAUUAGUUCGUGUCGUGAUGUAAUAACGUAUGGGAUGAUGAAAUGAGAUUUGAUUUAGUAAUGUUUUAUGGUGUGAUUAGUACCAACAGUAGGUGGAUCACCACAGAUGAUUUUUCCAUUGUUGAGGAGGCCAUAACGUUUUUUGCUGCAGAACCUCCAGUAUCCAUUUCUCUCACCACUAUUGCACUUCUGGUCACCGAUUCUCUGGAUGAAGCAGAUCAGUUUAGAGCUUGCCAAGACGCCUAUUGGAAUUCCAUAAGUGAACAUUCGAAAAUAAUAAUUCUAGGCCGUAGAGGGAUAGACGUGCUGAGGAUUUUUAAGUUUAGUGGAUUAGGACUGCUGUUAAAAUACAGUUGUGAUAAAAUUACCAAGUUCCAUAAACAUACAUGGGCAAAAGAACUCAACUAUUUCCAGCAAGAUAUCCCGAUACUGAUAAAAUUGAAAAGCUGCCCCUUCCAUCCCGAUUGGAUUACGCAAAUCCAAUCUAUUCUUGUCCCAUUGGAUCUAAAUUAUACCGAAGAACUCGCUUCUUCCGUAAAUGAAGAUGAUAACGAGCAACAUUCACUGUCCUUGAGACGUACAAGUUCCUUUCAGGACUCUGAUUCAAAGAGACAAAAAUAA